AGAGAGCUAUCAGCCUAUCACCCAUUAAUUCCAGCCCCUUCUAGCGACGGUUUUCGACGAAACCGUGUGCUUCAACGUGGACAAUGACAUUGUACUGGCCAACUAGACGUGGCUGACAGACCAGAUUUCAUUAUCCAAAAGUAAUCAAGCAGAGUGAGAGACAAGAUUUAUGAGUAAUGAAACAAGGCAUUCAACGGGUGAUGCGGUUUAAGAGGGCAAUGGCAUGUUACCAUGUGCAUAAGAAUAAUGUUUCCCAGAGGCCGGUGGCAUGCCGCUGUGGAACCAAGGAUAACUACCACAGUACGUUUUGGGGGCUGCUGAGUCAUAAAGCCGAAGAGCACAUGCUGCGUCCUUCCUCUCAUGGUUGGGGCUUAUUACUCGGAGACGAACAAGACAAAGGGCAAGAAGGUUUCUUGCAAGAUCCACAAGAAGGCACCACUCCACUCCAUUCCCCACAGGCGAGAGAGAGCCAGAGAUUGGGAUAGAGCUGAAGGCAUGGAGGGCAAGCGCACCGACCAGGCAAAGCUCAGCACGAUGCACUCAAAGGUGAUCUGCUGUAAGCUCUACAUCUCUGAAAGCCAAAAUGCGGCUGUUGUCGAUGCCAUCAGCCGCAUAGGCCAGAAAGACCCUGAGGUGGUUCUACUCAACAAGUUCGAGGAUGAGUACUACAACCGUGUCCGCUACACGCUUGUCUCCUAUAUUAACAGUGAAAGCGCAACUGGUGAAGCUGUAUUUAGCCCAAUCAGGAAGGUGCUGCUGGCGAUGAUCGAGGCUGCAUUUUCAGCCAUAAACCUCGAAGUGCACUGUGGAACUCAUCCAAGGAUCGGUGUCGUCGAUGACAUUUCAUUCCACCCCUUGACUCAAGCGGCCACAAUGGAGGAUGCUGCUCAGCUGGCUAAGCUGGUAGCCUCUGACAUUGGCAAUGGCUUGCAAGUUCCAGUGUUCCUAUAUGCGGCAGCACACCCCACCGGCAAGAGCGUCAGUGCAGUCCGGCGUGAGCUCGGCUACUUCCGGCCAAACCACAAGGGUGUCCAAUGGGCAGGCCCGGUGCUCCCUGACACUCUAUCGAUGAAGCCGGAUGUGGGCCCAGUACACGUUCCUCAUGAAAGAGGCGCCACCAUGGUCGGAGCUCAACCUUUGGUCGAGAGCUACAAUGUGCCGAUAUUCUGCAAGGAUGUCCCGACCGUGGAGGCGGAGUGCGCGCCACUGGAGGCCAAUGGCGUCCGUGCGCCAGGCGGCGCGGAAGGCAUGGAGGGCAAGCGCACCGACCAGGCAAAGCUCAGCACGAUGCACCCAAAGGUUAUCUGCUGCAAGCUCUACAUCUCUGAAAGCCAAAAUGGGGCUGUUGUCGAUUCCAUCAGCCGCAUAGGCCAGAAAGACCCUGAGGUGGUUUUGCUCAGCAAGUUCGAGGACGAGUACUACAACCGUGUCCGCUACACGCUCGUCUCCUACAUCACCAGCGAAAGCUCAACCGGUGAAGCUGUAUUUAGCCCAAUCAGGAAGGUGUUGCUGGCGAUGAUCGAGGCUGCAUUUUCAGCCAUAAAUCUCGAAGUGCACAGUGGAACUCAUCCAAGGAUUGGUGUCGUCGAUGACAUGUCGUUCCAUCCCCUGAGUCAAGCAGCCACCAUGGAGGAUGCUGCACAGCUGGCUAAGCUGGUGGCCUCUGACAUUGGAAAUGGCUUGCAAGUUCCGGUGUUCCUCUACGCGGCAGCACACCCCACCAGCAAGAGCGUCAGUGCAAUACGGCGUGAGCUCGGCUACUACCGACCAAAUCACAAGGGUGUCCAAUGGGCAGGCCAGGUGCUCCCUGAUACUCUACCAGUGAAGCCGGAUGUGGGCCCAGCUCAGGUUUCUCGUGAGAGAGGAGCCACCAUGGUCGGAGCUAAACCUUUCGUCGAGAGCUACAAUGUGCCAAUAUUCUGCAAGGAUCUCCCGACCGUGAGAAGGAUCACCCAAAGGGUGACCGGACGGAGCGGAGGGUUCCCGACGGUGCAGGCGCUUGCUCUCUUCCAUGGAGACAAUUGCAUGGAGAUCGCGUGCCUGCUGGACCCAGAUCAUGUCGGAGCCGAUCAGGUUCAGUGGCUGGUGGAGCAGAUUGCAGAAGAGCAAGGGCUUGAGGUCGACAAGGGUUACUUCACCGACCUGUCCAAGGACAUGAUGCUGGAAAGGUACUUCGAGAUUGUUUCUGCAGCAGAUUGACAUGUGCAUAAUUUUCUUAUUGUGAUCAGACAUGUCUGAACUUCCGUGUAUGCUGCUGUUUAAACUGUGGCACCAACUGGACCCCAGACCGACCAAUUCCAACAUUUUGUAUAUACUUAAUAAAAUUUGCAGUGAAGAUGGUCUAUGGAAACUUCA